AACCGGAAGCAGCAGUGUUAGUGACGUCAGUGAAGAGGCGCAUGCGCAGUAGCAGAUCGCUCCAGUAAAGACUCCGACUCAUCGUGUGAAGAUGAGCUCCAUCGGCACCGGGUAUGACCUGUCGGCCUCCACCUUCUCUCCAGAUGGUCGAGUGUUCCAGGUGGAAUAUGCGAUGAAGGCUGUGGAGAACAGCAGCACGGCCAUCGGUAUCCGUUGUAAGGACGGUGUUGUGUUCGGAGUGGAGAAGCUUGUUCUGUCCAAACUGUACGAGCAGGGUGCCAACAAACGCAUCUUCAACAUUGACAGACACGUUGGCAUGGCUGUAGCUGGCCUGUUGGCUGAUGCUCGCUCUCUUGCUGAAGUCGCCAGAGAAGAAGCCUCCAGCUUCAGAUCAAACUAUGGACACGACAUUCCCCUGAAGCACCUGUCGGACAGAGUGGCCAUGUACGUCCACGCCUACACACUGUACAGCGCUGUGAGGCCGUUUGGCUGCAGUUUCAUCCUUGGCUCAUACAACAAAGACGACGGUCCCCAGCUCUACAUGGUCGACCCGUCCGGCAUCUCAUACGGUUACUGGGGCUGCGCCAUCGGAAAAGCAAAACAAGCCGCCAAGACAGAGAUUGAAAAACUGCAGAUGAAGGAGAUGACGUGCAGAGAACUGGUCAAAGAGGUCGCCAAAAUAAUCUACAUCGUUCAUGACGAGGUGAAGGACAAAUCGUUUGAGCUGGAGCUCAGCUGGGUCGGAGAAGUCACUAAUGGACGACACGAGCUGGUUCCUAAAGAUGUUCGAGAGGAAGCAGAGAAAUAUGCCAAGGAUUCUUUAGAGGAGGACGACGACUCUGAUGAAGACAACAUGUAAACCCCUCCCCCUCGUCCCUGCCUA